AUGGCGGAGCCAUGCAACGACUUGCCAGAAGAGUGUUGGGAUCAGAUCUUCACAAAACUCGAUCGCGACUGCGAAUUCGAUUCCCUCUCUUUGGUUUGCAAGCGUUUCUAUGCGCUCACCAAUUCUCUCCGCCACCGAUUAUCCGUGACCGACCCGAUCAUCACUGGUACCCUCCCUAGACUCCUUCUCCGUUUCCCUAAUCUCGUUUCCGUUAAUCUCAGCAAUUUCCGUGGUGAUGUCACUACAAUUUUCUCUGAAAUCUGGCAUCGCUGCUUGCUAAAUCUUCAAGAACUUGAUAUUUCUAAUCAGACCCGAAUCCCCUUUGAUGAGUCGAUGGAUUCUGGAUCGGUUUUUAAGAAUUUGAAGGUUUUAAAGUGCAAGAAUCUGCAUGUUUUAGGCAAUUCUCAUUUGAAGAGAAUUGCUUGUUGUUUUCCGUGUUUGGAAGAGUUAGAUAUCAGUUUUCCUAGAGCUGAGUUGCACUUAAGAUCUGAGGAUCUGGAGGGAAAUGAAUCCGUAUUUACAGAUGAUGGAAUUGAGGCUUUAUCUUUGAGUUUGAAGGAAUUGAGGAAAAUUAAUCUUUCUGGGAAUUCUUACAUCACUGAUAGGUCAAUUGCAGCACUAUCCAAUUGUUUGAAUCUUCGAAGUAUUGAAAUUUUGAGUUGCUGUUUCAUUACUGCAAAUGGGAUUCAUCUUUUGUUGCAAAACAGUGCAAAGAUGAACUCGGUUUCAGUUUUUGGUAUUACUUGUCAAAACAGUAAUCUGAUUGCUCAAGGUUUCAGCACUUAUGGUCGAGCUUUGCAAGCUAUUGAUCUACAUUGCACAAUUAUUUCAGAUGAGUGCCUGAGUUCUUUAGCAAAAGCUUGUCUUCCUUUAAAUAGGUUCUCGCUUGUGUGUUGUAAGGGUAUCACAUCAAAUGGACUCUUGUCUCUUCUUUCUGCCUAUCCAUUGCUUCAAUACUUGGCGCUUGAGAUUGAUUUCCUGACUGAUGAGAUUAUGGAGGUCUUGUCCCUGUAUUUACGUAGUGCAGUGACAAUCAAAUUAACGAAGUGCAGUAGGUUAACAAUCUCAACCAUCUUUGCACUCGCGAGAAAUUGCGAUGUGCUGGAAGAGCUUGACAUGGAGAACACUGGAUUGGGAAGAAAGAGCGGCUAUCUGGAUUGGUUCAAAAGCUCAACCAUCUUUGCACUCACGAGAAAAUGUGAUGUGCUGGAAGAGCUUGACAUGGAGAACACUGGAUUGGGAAGAAAGGGCGGCUCUCUGGAUUGUUACAAAAGCUCAAAACUCAAGUGUCUGAAUAUGAGAAAGAAUUUUAAAGUCAGUGAUAAAUGCCUUGCAGGAAUUGCCUUUGUCUGCCGGAAGUUAGAGAAACUUGAUGUUUCCUUUUGCUCGGGUAUAUCUAAAGAAGGCAUUGGUUUUGUUCUCCAUAUCUGUCCCGAGAUCAGAAGCUUAAAGAUUGAUAGCUGUUUAGGGAUCGAAAGUAUUGGGGAGGGCCCAGAGUUGCCAAAACUCGAGGUGCUAAGUGCAGCUAGGUCAGGGUUGAAUGACAGCGGCCUUGCAGCAAUUGGGAUGAGAUGUUCUGGGCUCCUGAACUUGGUUCUCGAGGGGUGUAUCGGAGUCACAACAAGCGGUGUAGAGGAAGUGGCGAAAAAGUGUAAAAGGUUACGCGAAAUCAAGUUGGGGAUGUGUACCCAUGUUGAUCCCAGUGUCGUUGAACGGAUUGUGUUCUCUUGCCCAUCACUGAGGAGAGUAACUUUUACCAACUCUAAGCUUACUGAGGAGAGUAACUUUUACCAACUCUAA